CCAUUUCGAGGUCCAUUCGUAAAUUCUGGUUGUUGAGUACAACAGGACAAUCUGCAAUCGUAUGCAACGUAAUCUACAGAUUGAAGCUAUUCUGUUUUUCUUGACUCAGCCCUCUUACUGAAAAUCUCCUGUCUGCGCGUAAUUAGUUCAGUCAAAUCACAUUCGGGAAUUGACAAAAAGAAAUCGCAUGUUUGUGAGUACACGAUGCAUGGAUGGUCGAUUUUCAGCGCAGCGCAAUGCAUGAUUGACCAUUCGAACCAGAAAUCGAGUUUCCAAGGAUUUCAAGAAGUGGAUCUCGUGUUCGACUGGGUGAAGGAAUGAAGGAGGGUGAUCGAUCGAUCGAUCAGACCAUCCAGAUCGCACUGUGUUUUCUGUUAACGAUAUCCUCGUGAAAAGGAAGAGUCGUGACUGUUAUGAGGAGUCAGCUUCUGGCGGCUAUGGAAGAAUCAAUCUCACAUCAGGUCAAACGAACUCGAGACGAACGAUCAACAUCGUCGGCACCCGCAGAUGCGUGAAAAUGCUGGAAACUCCAGGACGCGGUGUGGCAUGGAGGGACUCCUAUCGUGGGGAUUCGAAAUCGCUCGCCACGCUCAUCAAGGGCCGCAAGAAGAAGGUGUCGGAGGACGCUGCUGCUGUUGUUCCGGCGGAGGGCGAGGAUGGCCCUCAAGAUGAUCAGGGACCCACGACGUCCCUCGAGGAAGCAGCACCCGCAUCUCAAGAGUUCGGGGCCGACGCCGAAAGUAGGAAUCCGAACAUGAAGACGACGACGAUCGCCGUGACUUUCUCCUGCGAGUGCGCAACCAGACGAGCAGUGGAAGUCGACGGCAUGGAGCUCGGUGGCGAAUUGCUGCCACGUCUCAUCAGUCGAGAAAUCUGCGACGACCGCAAAAUCCAGAACAAUUUCUGGCCGCGCGUGAGACUCUUGGGAGACAUCCGACGAGGAAUUCAGUACUCCAAAUCCGGCAAAGCCCAAAAAGUUGUGAUACAAAGCAAUCCCGCCUCCCCUUCGACCGCCAGCAAAUGGGUCGUGGACACAAUCAACAAAAUUUCUGGUUCUUUGCACUGCGAGAAAUCCCUUCCUGACUAGAGUAGCCAGACCCAGUCCCCCAGUCUUCUUCCAAACGCCAUCUGACGAAACCUGUGCAUGCAUUCAUGCCUCUCCAGUGGAAAUCAGAUGUUAAAAUCCAUGUGCACACUUGUAGACAAAUUGUCCCAGCUCAAGAUGGACCUUGUACCCAACAAAUAUCAGUCAUCACUGAUAUUUGUUGGUGUGAAGAUGGUAUAGUUCUAUUACCACAUGGCUCACAGCAAACUAAAUCGUCUGUUCGACUCGAGUAGCUCUUAGAAAGUUGUUGAAUGCGAUCUCCCUGCAGAUAUCACUUGAUAAAGGUGAUGUAAGGAAAGUAUCCAAGUUUGUCAAUUUGUCAAAGGCCCGUACCUCAUCAAAGCCUUAGGCCUUGAUGAGGUACGGGCCCAAGAUGAGGCGAACCCAACUUUUUGAUCUACUGCUCUGUAGUAACAUCGCAGUAGAGCAAGAUAACUAGAAGCAUGAGCUAAAUAAGCAAGUACAUAGUUGUCGAAGUCUUGUCUGGUUGCUCAAGCAUAUUCUUAUGAGAUUAGAGGUGACAACGUAUCAGCAUGUUGAUGUGUAGUACCUUGACAAUGAAUCACGUCAAAUUCAUACUCCUGCAGUAUUAGUGUGCAACAAGCUAGCUUGCCGGUAAGCUUGUGGUUGGUCAUCAAUCACUGAAAAGGUUGAUGGUCAGAGUGAACGUGAUUCUAUAUAGAUACUGCACAUAAUACAACCAGUCACGAGGCUUGAUUGCUCUUUGCGUUGUUGGUUUUUCGAGAGUGAUAGGCAAUCACGCCCUUCUUCACUUCCCUGGCCAAGGAAAACAUCAAUUUCAAGACUACUUCAAUCAGUGUUAAGAAGUAACACCUCGGUGUAGUCAAAACUACGUAGAAUCAGAAAUUCUGGC